AUGGCUAAUAUGGAUAUACUUUAUUCUUUAGUAGGUGUCAAUAACCGAUUAAAUAAAAUUGUACGUGAUUCUGAUUUUACAAAUCAUUUGGCUCUUACUCUGUUUACAUCAAAUGGUUUCGUUUAUUCAUUGCCUAAUUCAAUAGUUGAUCGAUUUUGUUUAUAUAUUUUACCUGAAAUUCAUCAAAAAAUCAAAUGGCUCGAUCUUGAAUCACUAGCAAUGGAGCGCAUUCUUCUUGCUGCAGAUUAUCCUAAUUUAUAUGGAAUUAGUUUAUAUAAUAUUCAGACAGAAACAGCCAUAAGUCGUUUUUAA